AUGUGCGCGCUGCUGCUGGCGUCGUCGCCAGCGGCACCGCCCGGCGCGGGGGCGGCAGCUGCCCCGUGCGUGGGCGCGGCGCCGCCGGCCGAGUGCGCGCACUUCCUGGCGCGGCGCUGCGAGGCGCGCGUGCACCUGCACAACGAGCUGUUCCUGCUCGACCCGCGCCAGCUGCCCGACGGCGUGCUGGUGGAGGGGCUGGGCGCCGACGAGCUCUCCGCCCUCUACGCGCGCCCGCUCUUGAGGCCCGGCGCCGCGGAAGACGGAGCGGCGGGCGGAGGCGGCGGGGACGGAGGUGGAGGCCGGGCAGCUAGGCGCGCGCCCAUGAGGGACCCGCGCUUUCACGCCGCCAAGGAACUGCAAGAGAUGACAAAACAGCCGAGGGAGCGCGAUGGAUUCUACAACUUGGUACGUCCACACCGGAUGUUGAUGAUUUACUUCGCCAUUGGAUGUCCAAUUUGGAGGCGUCGGAGGGCGGCGGCGCGGCGGGGCCGG